AUGACGAUGCCGAAAAUCCCAGUUGAGCCACGAAAUGGAAUGAUUCGGGUCUACGACAAUCAAGAAAAGACGUUCACAGACCCGUACUCGGCGAAGACAGUGUUUUUCUACAAAGAAGGCGAUGAAUAUUUCACAGUAAGUUUCGUUCAGUAA